AUGAAUAUGUCUAAUGGGGCGUCCCGAACUGGAGGUAUUUACCUCCCACCCCAUAAGCUUGCACGGUUAGAGGCGGAAAUUGAGUUAGAGGAGUAUGGAGAGCGAUAUCAGCAAAAAGAAUGGGAGAAGUUAAGAAAGACUAUAAAUGGAAGUGUGAACAAGAGUAAUGUAGGGAAUAUCCCUGUGAUAGCAAAAUCCCUCUUCAAAGUAAACCUUAUCCGGGGUCGUGGCUUAUUAGUGCGAGCUUUGCUUCAUGCGCAGACGGUUUCGCCGGAAUACACACACGUGUUUGCAGCGCUUGCUGCGGUAAUAAAUACGAGAAUUCCAGACAUAGGCGACUUGUUGAUAAGACGGUUGGUCCUGCGAUUCCGGCGAGCAUUUCGGCGCAAGGACAAGGUGAAUACGAUCGGCUCGCUCAAGUUCUUCGCGCACUUAAUCAACCAACGAGUUUUGGGGGAGGUGACUGCCCUGGAACUAUGUGCUUUAUUACUGGAUCAGCCAACUAAUGAUAGCGUACACGUUUGUUGCGCUUUCCUGGAGGAAGUGGGUGAUUUCUUGCAACAGGAAGUGAAUAAUGGGUUGACAAUGAUAUGUGACCGUUUGAGGAAUAUAUUGAAUGAGGGUGAAGUCGCAGCACAUACCCAGUACGUUAUCGAGCGUUUUUUUGACGUGCGACGUAAACAUUUUCAAGAGAACCCGUCAGUACUACCGGAACUGGAUUUGGUCGAAGAAGAUGAUCAAGUGACCCAUACUGUCGAUCUACUAGAAGACAACAUAGAUAGACAAGACCUUCUGGACUUGUUCCAAGCUUCACCGCCCGACCAGUAUAAACGUGAAGAAGGCAAAUGGCAGGAAAUAAGCAGAGAGAUCAUCGGCAGCGAUGGCGAAGAGGAUGUCGAGGACCUGGGAGACGCAGAGCUAGAGGAACUGGAAGGGCUUGAACCCGCAGUGGAACCCGCAGCUGUCAAGUCUGGGACUGCGGGACUUGCGACUGCCGACUCGCAGAGUGGGGGCCAAACAGGGGGAGGCGCAGGUCUGGUUGUAAUUCAUGAUAUGACAGAACAGGAGAAAAUAAACCUACGGAAGAGUAUAUACUUGUGCAUUAUGAGCAGCCUGAACUUCGAAGAGAGCGUCCAUAAGCUAUUGAAACUGAACUUGAGGCCUGGCGACGAAAAGGAGGUCUGCUCUAUGAUUGUAGAUAGCUGUAGCAUGGAACGCACAUUCAGCCGGUCAUUAGCACUCCAGGCAGAGCGGCUCUGCGCUCUCAACGAAUCUUACCGCACCCAGUUUGAGGAGGCGUUCAAAAUCAACUACAAAAUUAUUCAUAGAUUCGAAACCAAUAACCUCCGGAAUGUGGCAAUGUUCUUCUCACACUUGCUUGGCUCUGAUUCGGUUGGCUGGAACGUGCUCGAGUGUGUGCGUCUGACGGAGGAUGAUACUACCGCUGCUAGUCGGAUCUUUUUGAAGAUCCUAUUCCAGGAGUUAAUCGAUUAUAUGGGGCUUUCCAACUUGCGGCGGCGUAUGCAAGAGGAAGAGGUUUUGUUCGCGCACACAGUUUUGCUUGAAGACACUCGCAGUAACAUGCGGUUUUGUGUAAACUUCUUUACUGCAAUUGGUCUUGCGGUGUUGGCCCAGGAGCUGCGAACGAAGCUUGAACGAAAACCCUCCAGCACUUAA